CCUAUCACAUCAACCACCCGGGACAAGCCCAAUUAACUUACUUAUAAAUAUUUUCCUUGCUCUCUGCGCGUUCCUCUGCCCUUUCUAAAAUCUAUAACAAUCACGUCUCUGUGUUCUCUGUUCCUCUAAUAUCCUCGAUCAUGACGGUCGACGCUUCUAAAAAUCGAGAUGAUCAUGAUGAAAGUCUGAAGAGUUCUUAUUUUAAUUUACCACCGUUGGAUGUUUCCAUUGCAUUCCCUCAAGCAACUCCAGCAUCUAUUUUUCCUCCCUGCGCUUCCGACUAUUAUCACUUUGAUGACUUAUUGACUCCUGAGGAGCAGGCUAUUAGAAUGAAAGUAAGGCAAUGUAUGGAAAAGGAAGUAGCUCCUAUAAUGGCAGAGUACUGGGAGAAGGCAAAGUUUCCCUUUCAUAUUAUUCCCAAGCUUGGUGCUCUGCAUAUUGCUGGUGGCACAAUCAAGGGUUAUGGGUGUCCUGGUUUGUCCAUCACUGCAAAUGCUGUUGCUACGGCAGAAGUUGCUAGAGUUGAUGCGAGCUGUUCUACCUUCAUUUUGGUGCAUUCAUCUCUGGCAAUGCUUACCAUAGCAUUUUGUGGGUCAGAGGUACAGAAGCAGAAAUAUUUGCCUUCUUUGGCUCAGUUAAGCACCAUAGCUUGUUGGGCUUUGACUGAGCCUGACUAUGGAAGUGAUGCAAGUGCUCUGAAAACUACAGCUAUGAAGGUGGAAGGAGGAUGGAUACUUGAGGGGCAAAAGCGCUGGAUAGGAAACAGCACCUUUGCAGAUGUUUUAGUCAUAUUUGCCAGGAAUACUUCAACAAAUCAGAUCAAUGGAUUUAUAGUAAAGAAGGAUGCCCCGGGAUUAACAGCCACAAAAAUAGAAAAUAAAAUUGGCUUGCGGAUUGUGCAGAAUGGGGAUAUUCUGUUAAAACAAGUGUUUGUCGCUGAUGAAGACAGGUUACCAGGGGUCAAUUCCUUUCAAGAUACAAAUAAGGUUCUUGCUGUUUCACGCGUAAUGGUUGCUUGGCAACCUAUUGGCAUAUCAAUGGGGGUCUAUGACAUUUGUCACAGGUAUCUAAAAGAAAGGAAACAGUUUGGAGCACCAUUGGCUGCUUUUCAAAUCAACCAACAGAAACUAGUUCUCAUGCUUGGUAACGUUCAAGCAAUGUUUCUUGUUGGUUGGCGCCUUUGCAAGUUGUAUGAAAAGGGUAAAAUGACUCCAGGUCGUGCCAGUAUGGCGAAGGCAUGGAUUACAUUGAGAGCAAGGGAAACAGUUGCUAUUGGGCGGGAGUUGCUUGGCGGCAAUGGAAUUUUGGCUGAUUUUCUAGUUGCUAAGGCAUUCUGUGAUUUGGAACCCAUCUACACAUAUGAAGGCACCUAUGACAUAAACAGCUUGGUAACAGGUAGGGAAGUAACUGGAUUAGCCAGUUUUAAGCCAGCAGCACUGAGCAAACUAAGCCGUCUGUAAGUUAUUGCACAUUAUCUUCCUCAGAGCCCUGCAUGGCAAGUCAACUCGCUUCAUUUCUAUUAAGUUUUGUGUUCCACACAGCACAUUUGUUGCCAUUCAAGCAACAUAAUAAUCUCUAUAAGCGAACAUUGUAGAAUAAAAUCCCUGUAUAGACCAUGGCAUGUGAAAUAAAAAGUUGGUAUCUGGGGAGGUAGGGUUGGCCA